AUGAUGAAUAAUCUACAGGAGUGCACUCGAGAUAUAUCUUGUUCAAGUAUAUCAGUGCAAGCUAUCGAUGCUAGUUAUGGCUACAUGUGUGGUGAGGGAUAUCAAUUUUUUGAAACUUAUGCCACCUGUUUUGCUGAGGUAGAAGCAGAAAGUAAUUAUGUGAAAUGCAGAAAAAAAGCAAAUGAAGCAAUAACAACAGCACAAAAGAUAAAAAUUCCAACUAAUUACAGUCAAUAUUUUGAGCUUUUAUGUGAAAUUAUGGAUGAUUAUUUGCGCUGUUGUCAACCUAUAAUCAAUACAUUUUGUGGACAUAAUGCUUGGGAAUUAGUACGAACGGUUAGCUUACAUCUCAUAUCGUUUCGUAAGCUUACACCUCAUAUCGUUUCGUAA